AUGGACGACCACUUCAUUUACCCAUCCCAAGCGACCUACCCCCACGGCGCGACGAUGUGCACCCCGGCCUGCUACCUCCUCGCCUGCGGCAUGCUGGGGGACUACGGCGUCCGCAUCCCGCCCACCCGCGCGCAGAUGGACGUCAUCAUGACGGUCGCCAGCCGGACGCAGAAGAUCCUCAUCGAGGGCAGCAACCAGCAGGAACGGCUCUUCUCUGUCUACCACGUCUUGGAAGCCAUCGAGUCCCCAACGGGAGUGGGGGCGACCGAGGUGAUGGGGACCGUCGACGCGCUGCCCGAGGGCUUCAUCCAGGGCUUCGAGGACGAUGGCGACCGCGGCUGCAUCAUCCGUGACCUCGGAACCGCCGUCCGCUCCCUGCGGCCCAACCAGGCCCUCCUCGUCACCGCCCACCACCACACGACGGCGCUGCUCAGGCCCGCCGGGGAGGACAGCGCCUUGUGGCACUUCGACCCGAUGGUCGCAAGGCUGCUCCGCCUCCGGAACCCGGAGGAGGCGCUGCAGCUCAUAACCACGACCAUCCCUUCCAAGGAAUACGCGGGACUACUAGUUUACCAAAAAGGAGAUGCAAGAAGUACACCAGGCUCUUUGUCUACAGGAAGGCUGAGAUGA